AAGAUAGAUAGAUAGAUAGAUAGAUAGAUAGAUAGAUAGAUAGAUAGAUAGAUAGAUAGAUAGAUAGAUAGAUAGAUAGAUAGAUAGAUAGAUAGAUAGAUAGAUAGAUAGAUAGAUCUGCUGUAAGGAUGGAUCUGGAGGUUGCUAAUGGCCUGAGAAGACAGAUGGGGAUGGAUGAUCAGGACAGGGUGAGUCAGGCCUCCAGUAUUACCACAAUAUCCUCACUAGCAACCAGACACAGGGGUGAGGAGAGGGUGCAGGAGUUUGGUAAGAGAUGUCGGGCGGUGAAGAGAGAUCCCAAUUGUCCGGUGGUGAUCCGAGGCUGGCUCUUCAAAAGGGACAGUGCGGGGCUGAAGCUGUGGAAGAGGAGGUGGUUUGUUCUGUCUGAUUACUGUCUCUUCUACUACAAGGACAGUAGGGAGGAGUGUGUGUUGGGGAGUAUUCCUCUGCCCAGCUAUAAGGUUCUCUUCUGUUCUCCCAGAGAGUGCAAGAACCGCAAAUACGCCUUUAAGGUGGUUCAUCAGGGGAUGCGUUCCUAUCUGCUGAGUGCUGAUACACAGGAGGACAUGCUGGGAUGGGUCAGAGCUCUCAGCCAAUCAGCAUGCAUGGAGACGGAUGGCAUCAACAGGAGAUGUACCAGUUAUCAGGACUUUACUCAGAUAGGGGGCAGUAGUGAGUCGGUGGACGGGGCGGUGCUGGACGCUCCGCAGGGCUGCCGGGGGCGGGGCGUCCCGGGACAGCAGGACGGGGCGGCGGGGGACGGGCUGGACCACAGGGGGAGACCGAGGGUCAGACUGAGUGCUCCGGAGGCUCGAGCUCGUUCCUUCAGUCUGGAUCGAUCAGCUGAUGAUCACUUCCUGUCUCCGCCCCUCAUCCAGGGCUCCUGCCCCACCACCCCCAGGGCUCACUAUGGGUCCCGCCCCCACACACCGAUUGGACGGGUGGACAUGAGACCCCAGGACAGCCAAUCAGCUGUCCCCCCGUCUCCCGGCAACCACACUGGCGGCUCGGACAGGUGGCACUGCCAGGAUUACGCAGAAUGUUACUUUCCCCCACGCAGAUCAGCUAUGAAGGGGAGUCAUUCGGACCAACUGCCACCUCUGCCCCCCUCCAGAGUUACCCACAAUCCUCAGCUCCAUCACAGCCAUGUUCCUGUGUGUGUGUACCCACCACCUACGCACGUACCGAGUGACAGAGACAACCAGACACUCUCAGCCCUACAGGGAGACACAGACAUGGUGCUCACUCGUUUAUGUGGAUGUGAUAAGCUUCUUCAGGCUCUCUCAGUAGAACUAGCUCACCUACAGUCAGAUAAGGAGCGUGCUCAGUUUGCGCUGGAGAUGACCCGCCUGCAGCUGGAGGAGUGGCAGCUGGAGGAGCAGGAGGAAUCCCAGAAGACUUUGCUGCAGGAUGAGCUGAUCACCAUCAGAGCCAGGAUGUGUGACGUGUCUCUGGAGAUGGAGAGAGUGUGGGUGGAUUAUGAGAGGAUGGAGAGUGAGCUGUGUGUGUUCAGGUCUCACCUGCAGCACAUCUGUCACUUCGGUCUUCCUCAGGAGCGUUCUCAGGCUCAGAGGCAGUUGUGGAUGAUGGAGGAUAUUCUCUGUGGGCUGAAGGCCAACCGGACCCGGUUCCGGAUCAUGCUGGGUCUGCAGAGACCACCAGGUCUUCCAUCUGUACUUCAGAACCCAUCCGUCCAUCCCAUGGAGAACCUGCAGUACAUGGGGGAGGAGCCAGAGCCACCAUCCCGCCCACCGUUACCUCAUGAGCUGCAAAGCACCAAUCAUGGCACAGAGUUGAGGCCUGGGUGGGCAGAGCCAGGUAGUAAUCCUCUGUACUGCAGUACUCCAAUAGACCCAAUGAACUACAGUUCCCCCCCAACACACAGAGACCCCAACCUGUCCUCAGAUGAUCACUCUCACUGUGGGUGGGCGGAGUCUGGCCCUCCAAUAAAGAAAGGGCAGAUGACUGAAGUGGAGAAGAGAGACAGGAGGCAGAGGCAUGAGCAGAGAUCGGCCAAUAAGAGUAAACAUCAGGAAAACCCGACCAAUCAGACUAACUCCACCCCAGUGCGGGACCGGAAUGAUAAGCCUCGCCUCCUGUUGGACGAUAAGCCCCGCCCCCUGGGGGAGGGGCAGCCGUCCCCCCUGCGAGUGCUGCGAGUGGUCAGCGCUGUCCUGCCCUCGUCUCUGACCGCCCGCCGAGUGUGUGUUCAGGACCCCCCUCCCGAGCUGACCAUCCCACUGCCCGAGCAGAUUUACACACAGACACACACACAGGCCGGUGGGCGGAGCCCCACAAACAGAACUGCAAGCUCCGCCCACCGGCUGCUGACGGAGCACGAGAACCAGAACCGGGAGAACCUGGGGAACCCGGAGAACCCGGAACAGACACCGGAGGAGAGCAGACAGGAUAUGGAGCGUGAUCCACCCCUGAGCGCCGAACACAGAGAUGCUAAACGCAGACGAGUGGAACGGAUCCGAGAGAGGGUUCUGCGAAGUGCAGUGAGGGCGAGCGGCGUGGAGGCAGUUCACCCUCUCAAACUCAUCCAGACCAGAGAACACUCAGAUUUACCCAUCCUACGAGCUAACAGAGGCCGUACCAGUGGCAGCAGGAGCUUAAAACACCGCCCCUCUGGGGAGGCGUGUCCCAGAGAUGGAGCAGAAGAUCCUCAGUCUUCAGUCCAGAUGGAGACGUCCUCCACCAAUCACGUUUCUACGCUCACCAUCCUUAACAACCAGGCGGAGUCUCGGGGAACCAAUCACGUGCCUCAGAACCAGACCGUAGCGAGACACAAUUCAAACUGCUCCGCCUCCACCAAUCAGAGGACAGAAUGGUUCCUGUCCACCAGCCAAUGGCGUGAGUUUAUUCCCAUCAACAUCGACGAUGACGAGCAGCCUCCUCCUACCACAGCCAAUCAGCAUUCAGAUCCAUCAGCCAAUAAAAAGCAGAGCGACUCCACCGGAGCUCCUGAGGGGGAGGAGUUACACAAAGAAGGUAGGCGGGGCCAAAGUGCCCAAUCGGAAAUGUUCGAUCAAAACGUCACAGAUGAUUUCGGAAACAUCUCCGCCUCCAAUCAGCCGACAGCAUCUCCUUCUGACCAAUCAGGAACAGAGCUGCGCAUUUAUGAGGAAAUUCAAUACGAGGACAAUGACCUCAAACCAGCCAAUGAGGAGCUUGGAAAUAUCACAGGCGGAGUUACAGAGCAGGAAUUAAACAUUUCCACCAAUCACAGUGCAGAAUCGGCAGCAGCGGACGCAGGAAGUGAUGUCACUAACGGCACCAAGACGAGGCAGCCAGUCUACAGCUGCAUAAUAAAGAACUCAGUGACCAAUCAGAGCGCUUCGUUUCUCAAACCACGGGUUACAGUGGUGAGCACCAGCCUAUAGACAGCCUGCAGAUUAUACUAUACUAUACUACACUAUACUAUACUAUACUACACUAUACUAUACUACACUAUACUAUACUACACUAUACUAUACUACACUAUACUAUACUAUACUACACUAUACUAUACUACACUAUACUAUACUACACUAUACUAUACUACACUAUACUACACUAUACUACACUAUAUUACACUAUACUAUACUACACUAUACUACACUAUACUACACUAUACUAUACUACACUAUACUACACUAUACUACACUAUACUACACUAUACUACACUAUACUAUACUACACUAUACUAUACUACACUAUACUAUACUACACUAUACUAUACUAUACUACACUAUACUAUACUACACUAUACUAUACUACACUAUACUACACUAUAUUACACUAUACUAUACUACACUAUACUACACUAUACUACACUAUACUAUACUACACUACACUAUACUACACUAUACUAUACUACACUAUACUAUACUACACUAUACUAUACUACACUAUACUAUACUAUACUACACUAUAUUACACUAUACUAUACUACACUAUACUACACUAUACUACACUAUACUAUACUACACUAUACUACACUAUACUACACUAUACUACACUAUACUACACUAUACUAUACUACACUAUACUAUACUACACUAUACUAUACUACACUAUACUAUACUAUACUACACUAUACUAUACUACACUAUACUAUACUACACUAUACUACACUAUAUUACACUAUACUAUACUACACUAUACUACACUAUACUACACUAUACUACACUAUACUAUACUACACUAUACUAUACUAUACUACACUAUACUAUACUACACUAUACUAUACUACACUAUACUAUACUACACUAUACUACACUACACUAUACUACACUACACUAUAUUACACUAUACUAUACUACACUAUACUACACUACACUAUAUUACACUAUACUAUACUAUACUACACUAUACUACACUAUACUAUACUACACUAUAUUACACUAUACUAUACUACACUAUACUAUACUAUACUAUAAUAAAAACACUAAUAAUAAUAAUAAUGAGUAUUAAUUAAGUUAAAAAUAAAAAGAUAUCGUAACUCUUUGAUACACAUACCUACAUGUAUAUAUUUUUUUCGUUCAAUACAUUUUUCCAAGUCCAACAUCAAAGUGUGCACAUUUGUGCGUUUAUACACUGUUAUUUUAUUUUUAAAUAAUUGUGAAUGUAUACAGCACACACACUCAUGCAUUAAGCCAAGUGGGUUUAUUUAUUGUACAUAUUUUACAUGCAAAUGAAAUUUGCAUACAAUAUAAAAAUACACAAUAUAAAACAUUUCAAUAAAUAUUGUUAAAUAUAAAAUAAAAUUAGAAUUAAAUAAAAAUGUAAUUAAAUAUUAAAUUUUGUCUCGUCUGAACUGCUAAAAUUGCUAAACGUACUGUUUGUGUAAAGUCGUCUGCACAUUUCUAUACAGGGUAAACUGCAACUGCUGACGUGUUAAACAACUUAUUAAACUGUUUUUAAAACUGAUUGCAACACAUUUGUACAUUUAUUUAAAGUAAAUUAACAUAUUAAAUGCUUUUAAUUUUAGAUUUUUCUUUGUUGAGUAAAUGGUUAAUUCUGAGUUAGUUGUAGUUAAAUUAUUAUACACACCCAUAAAAAAAUCAUAUUUGCAAUAAGAAAUGAGCUGAAAUUACAGUUUUUCAGCAAAAACUAAAAUGAUCUGAGUAACUUAAAGAUGUUAAUGUUAGUGUUUAUAUUUACAGGGCAAUAGGAAUUCCUGAGAUCACUGUUCUGAAUGUACGUGGUUUGAAUAUGUAAUUGUUUUGUAUUUUAUUGUUUAUUUUAAGGAUUUUCAUUUUUAACAGCUUAAAAAAUAAAAUGGCUUUGGAUCAAU